AUGCAACAAUCGAAGUUGAGAAGACAGAUAAAGAAGGAGACAGCCUCUUCAGCAACAACUAAUAAGAUAACAAAAGCUGAUUAUCUUACAAAGCAUAUAGUUAGGGACAGGACAGUGAUCCAGUUUUGUGGAUUUCAUAAUUGGCUGCGUGAUUUAUGGGAAUUAGAUGGGUCUGCAAAAGCUGCGUGA